GUUACGCCUUGAUGUUAGAAGGGACCGUGGAGAUGACUCCUGUUAGUUCCUGCUCUUUAAAAUCUCGACAAUGCUCGUGAAUGCGUCAUCCACCUCACGCAUUCUCUCCUACCCCGCCCGACCAAACUGGUCCAAACUCUCACCGGCGCGGGAGGCAGAUACCGCACGUAGUCAUCGCGUGUAUCCGCCGUGAUUUUUCGUGGUACUCUCACUGUGGUACUCGCGAGCGUCCGGACGGCUCGAUACUCGGGGAAAGUACUUCGCGAAGAGGAGAAAAGGACUUCGGGAAAGUCGUAGAAGUUUGGGGAACCGUCAUUGACGGCGCAUUCAUUCACGCUCGCGAGACAAGACCUAUCAGGCCGAUUUCCAGGUCACCAAGGGUGUGGUGCGAAGAUAACGCGCGACUCCGUCACGCGCCGAUAAGGGGAUCCCUUGAGUCGCGUUCGUGCCUUGAUCGAGAGUGAAGGUGACUCGGCCUGAAGUAAAAAAAAAAAAGAAAAGAUUAUUCUUCUGAUCUCCGUGGAGAGGAUCCUCGACGAGUCAAACUAGGACAGACCACUGGAUCUUCUCUCUCUCUCUCUCACUCUCUCGAGUGUAGAAAGUGCGAACGUCGUGCUCGAAGUGCUCGUGCAAGCUCCAGGCUACAGGGUCGUUGCCAUUACGCGACUGCUUCUGCUGUCAAAGUCAAAGCUGGUCAAACCCGUAGUUCGAUCGAAUCCGAAUGGCUCCCGUUUGAUUUUUACAAGCCACCUCACACCGAGGAUACUGCAGUUCGUGUUCGAACCUCCUGGGACUGGUGACUCAGGAAGGAUAGGAAGCACUCAUUUUCCUUCAACCGAGAGACAUUAAAAAAAAAAAGAAGGAUGGCGAACCUGGGCAAUCUGGAGCAGCAGAUCUCGAGCCUGCAGAUCGGCGAUGAGGCGGCCAAGGGUACCGCCAAGCCCGGCAAGAAGGUUGGACCUGCGGUGCCGCCGAAGCCGAAGAAGUCUCAACCUCAGAUACCGCAAAGUUAUACCAUAAAGACUCCGCCUGUGCCAUCGUACAGUACGGUCCUUAACAAUAUGUCCAGCGACAAAACCUCGAACUUGUACAUGAACGCACCUUCGCCGUAUGGCCCGCUGGAUAUAAAGAAUGACUUUUCGCAGAUAACACCUGCGAACGGUAAGGAGGCGUCGAAGAUUUAUCAGAACAAUGACAAUUUGUACACUCAUCAGCCAGAGGAGAAGUUCGAGCCGAAGUACAGAUACGACGAGAAGAAUUAUUACUCCAAUAUAGGGAAUAUGCCGGCACCUCAGGUACCUGUGGCGGAUGAUCGCGCGAACAGGGCGACUAGAAACGCAGUGUACAGCAAUAUAGAACCACCAGUAGGCUCCACAUACGAGUACGUCCCAUACGAAAUGAAUAAGGAAAUUAUAUAUAGCAACAUUCAGUGGAAUCCUAAAACGGAGAAUACAUAUUGUAACGUUCCUGCACAUGGGGCUGACGAUUUGCCACCACCACCGGAGCCGUCAGAGUACGUUUCCUGCGUACCCGGGAAUUCGUUUCCACCGCCGCCAGACGAGCUGCCUCCGCCACCGAGUCCCGUCUCGUCGAGUUACAGCGAGUUGAGACGUGCUACUUACCAGACCGAUUUUCCAUCCGGCAACUAUCCUGCUGAUAUCUAUGGUCCGAGUUCUCAGUCCAGCUCAACGUACGAAUCCAUAUAUGAGCCGAUUAAUCCCAGACCACCGUCGCAAUUGUCAUGUAACUAUUCCAUGUACUCCGGUUACGGAUCAGCUACGUCUACUCAGCCGCAGGGCAAAGUGUCCCCCGUUAAAGAAGUCGACGUUCUUACGGAUCUGUUAGUUCAAGGAAUGGAGGAUAAUAAUGAAGACAGUGAUAUAUAUGGCAUCUGUGCGCAAUGCGGGCGCAAAGUAGAGGGAGAAGGAACCGGAUGCUCGGCGAUGGAUAAAGUCUUUCACAUAAAUUGUUUCUGCUGCUUCAUAUGCAAGGUCAAUUUACAAGGAAAACCUUUCUACUCGUUGGAAGGUAAACCUUAUUGCGAGGAGGACUAUCUCAAUACUCUGGAAAAGUGCUGCGUUUGCACCAGACCGAUACUGGAUCGAAUAUUGAGAGCUACUGGCAAACCAUAUCAUCCUUCGUGCUUCACCUGCGUUGUCUGUGGACAAAGUCUCGAUGGUAUACCGUUCACUGUGGAUGCUACGAAUCAAAUACACUGCAUUCAGUGUUUCCACAAAAAAUUUGCUCCGCGUUGCUGCGUCUGUAAGCUGCCUAUAAUGCCCGAGCCUGGUCAGGACGAGACCAUACGAGUGGUAGCACUAGAUCGCAGUUUCCACAUUCAAUGCUAUAAGUGCGAAGAUUGUGGAUUAGUAUUGUCAUCCGAUUCGGAGGGACAUGGCUGCUAUCCCCUGGACGAUCACAUUUUGUGUAAAAGUUGCAAUGCUACCCGUGUCCAAGCCUUAACGUCUCAUAUGACGACCGAAUUAUAAAUAUAUAGACGCGACAAGCUUAUAUAAUUUGUUGAAACUUCGGGAAUACGAAUGAAAUGUUAAAUCAAGUAUCGUUGUGAUUAACUGUAGCGAAAUAAGUACCGCUAUAUACACGGUAUUAUCGGUCCUUUUUUAUGCGUACAUGAUUUUUCUAUUCCGCUAUUAUUCACACCUUAUAUAUUCAAAACCGAUAUUUGCUAUCCCAUUAUAUUAACGAAGAAUCAUUUUUUAACAUUUUAUCUAUUAGCAGACUAAGGAAAUUAUGCUGUCCAUAUUUGGAUCUUUUUUGGCACGAAAAGGAAACAAUUGUCAAUGAUUAUUUAUAUUCUAUUAAUCUUUAACAGUUAGAGGAUCAAUGCAAUAGAAUUCCGCCACUGCCAUGACUGAAGCAUUUUCUCCGUACAUUAUGAAACAAUGUUGGCAAAUUAAUAGUAGAUAUAAGUUUGACGUCCGAGGUAAUUUUCCUGCAGAUGUGAUUAUCAUUGUGAUUCUAGUAAAGUAUUCGAUGUAUCGUAAAGUAUUUAACGUGUAGUUUAUCGUCGACAGGAAUACCGCUUCGAUCCAUUUAUUUAGAGAUUAUUUAGAGAUUAGAUUUUAGAUUCGGGAAAUAGGAUUAUUAUUGACAAUAUCGGUAUACCGGCGAGAAAGCGUGCCAUUUCUUCUUGUAAACGUAUCUGUUAAACCAGUUAAACAGAUCCUUGCAAGACUAUCGAGAAAGGAAAGAUAAACGCUCAAUCCCAAACACCUUACAAUGCGAUUAAUUCCCGAACUUUUUCGCAUGGGUAAGACAUUACAUCGAGGAGAGACUUGUAUGAUCUCUGUAUUAUAGUAUCAAUAAAAAUACAGUUUGUUAUUUAUGGCCAAAGAGUAACACUUCGUUUUUGCCGACCGUUCUUGCCCAUCCGAUGAUUUUCACUACGCAUGUAGACACUGCACUUUUAGCCUGCACUUACCGAAUGACAUCGGUUAUGAUCGAGCUUUUUAUGUUUCACUAUUUUAAUGAAAGUUGCUAUUAAUAUAUAUUGUUAUAUUACUAUUGUGAUUGUUAUUAAUAGUUAUACACGAUGGCUCAAACUAACGUACUUCCUUCCAGUUACAGAUUUUCUCAAGAAUUCGAAGUUUCUUUCUUAGCAAAAAAUUCAAUUGCGAGCACGCAGUUUUUUUUACAAUUUGUAAUAUUUAACAUUACCUAUAUUGUUAUUUUGUCAGAGCUGCUUGAAAUUAAAUAAAGGAUAAGAGUUUUUCAAGAGAUAAAGUUAGAUCCUUAUUUCUCCGAAAAUUAAAAUAAAAUUUUUAUUUCGGUAACUAUUAGAAUAUUUUUGCUGUUGAAAAGCCAAUUUCAAAUUUACGAGAAAAACUGUAGCCGAAACGAAGUCCGCGAUUAUACAACCUGUAGACAUAUGGUGUGUGUACAUAUACAUAAUUAUACACACACACACACCAGAUGUAUAUAUGUACACAUUAAUAUAUAAUUAAUUAUUAUAAUUGCAGAAGAAAUUUACAGCAGAUUCAUUCUAUAUCAUCUCUUUACUAAUUUUUUUUCUCUAUGAUUUUCAUGCACAGAUGUUUGUCUUUUAUUAUUAUUAACAUCUCUUUUUAGAUAUUUGCAUCUCU